GAAGAAGCAAACGUCGCUACACUGUUUGAACAUUCUACCGCAGAAGUAGUAUUGUGUACAGGAAAACAAAGUGAAAAUGACCGAUAGUGAAAAGUCGAAUCGAAGACCGCGUGUUGAUAUCGAAUAUUGUAAUGUGUGCAACUCAAAACCUCAGUGCCUGGAGUUGGCGAGCAUUAUACGUGAACAAAUCCCCGAAGCGGAUGUCGUGUGUCGGACGGGAAGGCGCGGUUCGUUCGAGGUGCAGAUCAACGAUACACUGGUACACUCGAAGCUGAGCUCGUUGGCUUUCCCACACUACGAGGAUGUGGUGCAGAACGUACGUAAUGCAAGGAACGGUCUGCCCGUAAACAAAGUGGCCGAACAACCGAUCACUGACUGUGUGGUACAGUAGAGAUUUUUUUAUAGAUAUUCUAGUCAUUACUCCUUUCCUUUUAGAUGUUUAUUAACUGAACCAACCUGAUCAC